AUGCAGGGAGCAUCGAAACUGGAACAAAUUAUUCAGAACGAAGACCAAAUAUGCAAACUUAUCCGUGGCAAUUUCCUUAAAAUACAGGGCGAAGUAAGACAAAAUCGCGCGAAAGAAAAACCAUUAUCCGAACAAAUUCAAUUUAUUAUUAAUCAAGUCUUUAUCAACGUCGGACAACCUGUACAAAUAUUAAAGUCACUCGGUAUCCUGAUUUUUAAUAAAGCAAUUGCAUUUCAAUUUUCCGUAUUUACCGCAAAUAUUAUUGUUCCAAAAACUAUUAUGAUACAGAAACUCAAAGCAGAGAAUUGGAAACUUGCCGGUACGUCAUACGAUCAAAAAAUUGCUUCAUUAAUUGGACAAAAUGAAUUAAAAAAUUGGACCGCUUUUGAAUUACCAGAUAAUUGUCCGCUAGUCCAUUUUAUAGAGUCAAAUCCUAAUUUAAUUGCUUCAGAAGCUUGCUUUGGCCUUGAUACUCAUCCAAAAUUCCCAUUCAUUGGUCCAGGUAUGCCACCUGAAGAUGUGCUGAUAGAACCGCAUUUCCCAUUAGUUUCAAUUCAGUAUGAACGAGUAACAGAAAAUGAAUUAAUUCUUCAUUACGAACCAUCUGGAACUACACCAAUAAAUAAGAAGUCCUGGAAUAUUACACCAGCAAAGCAUUUCGAAAUUGUUUGA